GAUGUGACUGUCCUGUUGCUUGACGAAACUGGCAAGAAAAAGACAUCCCCCACAGUUGGACUGUUGUCUUCAAUGGCUCGCACGUUCGUCCAAGACGGUGUUACAACCGAGUACGCGACCCACGUUAUUGGCACCACCGUAGGCGACCGUUACGCGCAUAUUGUUAGCACCGGUUCUCGAGUGUUUUACGACAAUAUUAAACCGACCAACCGGCACGAUACACCUGAAAUUAAUUUGCAAACUAUAUUAGAUAACCUAGGACAAACUCAGGCAUUCGAGAAAACGAAAGAAGAGGAUACAAAUUUAAUCGAAGGGAACCAACUCGAACCAUCAACUACCCCAGAAACGGUUAACAAAUUAAAUGUAUCAGUUAGACAGGAACUAUCGGUGCGAAAAAUCUUUAGUCCAGAAGUCAUUAAACCGGCAAAGGUGAACGCGAAAAAUGGGUUGCCGACAUUUACGGUCAAAAGUAGCGAUGACGAUUAUUUUCCCGUGGAGGAACAGACCACUAAGCGUGAUGACUCGUAUAAAAACAAAUUAAGAUCAUCUAAAAAUUUGUUUAGAAAUGGGUUCAAACCUAUUGAAAUAAAAAAAUACGAAACCGUUACGUAUUUCGGAUUCGCUGAUUUCAUGACAACCGUCGGAAAUACCGUUAUAAUAUUUAUGCCUAAGACUCCAGCGGUUCCCGAAGCCACGAGUGUUACUAGUAUUAAGGGUGAAGCAACCCUACGGCCUGAGGAUAUUAUAAGUCCAACGAAAUCUAUAACAUUGUCUUCCACUAAAACGUUGGAAUCAACUACAGAGAAAGUUGAAUACAAUAACGUAAUUGAGUCUAGUAUAGCGACCACAGAAGAAACAAUGGCCAUGCCCACAGAACCACUGUCUCGGCGUAUUUCAGAAACCACAAGAGUGUUCAACAAUGAACAAGAAGCAUUGGGGUUGUUGAAAACAAUUGGAGGCGUGGACGUUAUUGACAGUAAAACGACCAGACUAACUACAUUUUUUUACGGUACGUAUAUUAAUGGCAAAUAUACACAGUUGGAGCAAACCGUCUCUACGUUACUCUCUAAACCAUCACAAAUGACUAAAACCACUAAAAUCGAAAUACCGAUGACGAAAAUUCCAACAUCAACAGAGUCUCAGACGACGACAGAAAAAAAUAUGAACGAAGUUACUACGGAAUCCGAAGAAGAAAUAUCCACAACGCCAGAAGAAGAAACGAUAUCGCCGUCUUCAUCUACCGAAGGUUCUAUGUAUAAAACGUACACGUAUUUGACAACGUUCUUUAUACCAGUAGAUGAAAGUUUAACAACUACAUCAGUUAAAUCCAGAAUUGUUCUAUCACCAGAAUCUACUCAUACGACCGAAACUACAAUGACUCAAAUUACUACAACUACGACCGAAAGUAUUCCUACAACAACUUCUGAAGAUGAAGAUAUAAAAAAUACCACAACUGAAGAAAUUAUGGUUACAACUGAAAAAGAAACGGAAAAUAAGGAGAUCGCUGAGUUAACUACUGUUCCAAUGAAAGAUAAUCGUUCUAACGAGGAAGUAACAACAGAAAAAUCAAUGAUUACAGAAUCAAAUGACGACGUAAUGACUACGGAAAUGAGUCCUACAACUAUAAAACCAGAAGAAGAAGAAGAAGUGGAAUUGUUGUUUAAAACAUUAUACACAACGUAUACGUACUUGACAACAUUUUUCCAAGAGUCAACGACUAGUGUUUUGAGUAGAGAAGAAGUUGUUACUAAUAUUGUCACGUCUACUUUAGAAAAAGAUUCAUUUUCUACAGACCCUGCAGUAGCUGGCCUGUUUGAUCGAGAAGAGGGUAAUUUAAUAAACUCUGAAGUACGAGAAACUGCAAGAAAUCCAAGAAUACUAGCUACACGUGUUGGUUCAGGACGACCAUCAUCGGCCUUCUUACAUAAACCAGUCGAUGACUUGUUUGUUUCCACUUUAGAUUCUGUAGAUUUUAACAAAGAAUUAGCCACGCCUCCUUUAGAUGAAAACGGAGUAAAAACAUUUUCGAAAACUUAUACAUACUUCACAACACUUUUAUCCGAUGGAUCUACGAACCUUAAAAGUCACACUGAAGUAUACACUAAUGUAAUCAUGCCAUCUAACAUUCCAUUUUCACAACGCAUCCAAUCUACGCCAGUAAAAGAUACAAUUAAAUCAACAAUAUCAGAAGUACCAGAUUCGAUACCAGAGUCUAUGGAUGAUCCAGGUUCUAUAAAUGAGGAAAUGGAAGAAAAAAUUGAAACAAAAAAAGAUGAAAACAAUGAUUCAUUAGUCACUCCAUCGUAUAAAUAUGAUAUGACAAUUACGAGAAACCGUACGAAUUACAAUAAUAUUAUAGACGAAGAAAAGCCUGUAAAUGAUGUAAUUGGUGAAUCGAUGGUUACAGAUACAAAAUCAAGCUCAUCUAACAAUAUUAAACGGAAAGUUUCGAAUGAUGAAGAUGAAGACAUGGAGAGUUCUGAAAAUAAUGAGAAUAUUGAAUCAUCUCCAACAAAUCAGUUACAAACUAGUUUCACAACGUACACUUAUUUUACAACAAUUUAUAAAGGAAGUUCUUCUAGUGAAGUUAUUAGUCGUUUUGAGACUAUAACAAAUGUUGCUCCACAUACAAUUGAACCAACAGAAGUGGAUAAUUUGAAUGGCGAAGAAACAACAUUACCCGUAACUUUUUUUACCACAUACACUUAUUGGACAACUCUUUACAAAGAUGGUAACACAUUAGUAACUAGUCGUGAAGACACUUUGACCAACGUGAUGUUACCCUCUAUUUCUGAUACUAUUUCAAAUACACCCGCAAUAGAACCUUCAUCGUCUUCAUCUAUGAUUAAAGUGACAGCCACUGAAAAACCACUUGAAACAGAACCGACUACAUACUUUACAACAUUUACCUAUUUUACAACGUCUUAUGUUGACAAUGAAACAAUAGUGAAUAGCAGAUUAGAGACUGUAACAAAUGUGAUAAAUACAACAGAUACAAAUGAAAAUAUAAAUAAUGAUGGAGUUGAUUCUAGUGAUAGUGUGAUUAAAACCACACCAGAAAAGCCAUUAACUGAGAAUGUACCAAUGCCAGUUUUAAAACCUACAGGGUUAAUAUCGUCAAUUACAACCCAAGAAGUUAACAAAGGAGAAACUACCUCAUUUACCACAGAUGUUUAUGGUACUUAUAUAGAUGGAUUGUAUGCCCAAAUACUAGAAAGUAGGUCAAAUGUUGUUAAAAAUGUAACACCAAGUGAAGUAAAGUCUGAUGGAAAAAGUACAGGUGUCGUGGCAUUAAACGAGGGAAAAAUUGUGGAUGCUGACGGAGUAAGUACUACAUUUUACACAACAAAAGCUAUUGGUACUUAUAUUGAUCAACUUUAUGCUCAAGUCAUUGAAAGUACAUCCUCAAUCAAAGUAAAUGACAAUAAAAAAAUUGUUGACCCUUCUACAAUUGUUCUGGGUGCUAAAACUUAUCGUACUGGUUUAUUAAGUCUAAUUGAAGGAACUAGUGUUAAAGAUUUAAGUACUACAUUUUAUGAAACUAAAGUGAUAGGAAAAGUAGUAGACGGAAAAUAUACUCAAGAAUUUGAAAGUGAUUCAAAAGUCAAUGUUGGAGUACAACCAACUGUUGUUCAAGAAAUAAAAGCAUCUUCAACACAACUUAAUGAAAUUUUUCAAAGUGAACUGCCUAUAACACCAUCACCUGCAGCCAUUGAGAGUUCACUGGGUGAAAAUGGUUCUAAACCAGAAAAGACAGAAGAAACUGAUGAAGAUAACUCUACUAAAAAGAAAACGUUCCCUGUUAUUAGACCUUUCGCUUCAAGGCCCAGGCCAACAUUUCAACCUAAAAAGAAAGCUACUGACAGUUUGAGCGCUGCUACUAUAAACCGGAGUAUAACCCCGACUAUUGUUGCUACUCCAGCGUUAAAAACAAAUGAAAAAGGUAUAGGACCAUCCAGCAGGAAUCGGUUUUCAGGUGUUCGAAAAUCUAGUUCAUCUCAAUUAGCUGAAAUAAUUCCAUCAUCGUCAAAUAGCCGAAAAUAUUCAAGGUCUAAGAUUGUUAAUACACCAAUAGUAUCACCUUCAGUCAAUUUUAAAAAUAGAACACCUUCAUCAGCAGUAAAAAUUACUCCAACUUCUUCAUUAUCUAGUUAUGGAAGUUCUAGAAGAAGCAGUUUUAACCAAAGACAGUCAAGUUCUAAACUUCAAGAUAACAUAACACCCAGAAGUUCAGCGUCAUCAAGGUUCAGAAUACGCCCAACAGCAUCUUCAAAUUUUAAUCGCUUUUCAAGUACUACUGUUACUACCACAACACCAACUACUGAAGAAAUUCCAGACAAUAAUGAAGUAAGCACGUCUUUAGUGACCGACGAAACUCUAUUAACUUCUAACAACGAAGAAGAAGAAAAUAUUACUCAACCGACAUCUACAACAACGGAAUCAACGAGAAGGGGUAACAACCCAUUAUUAAAACUGCGUCGACCACCAUUACCAAAAACACCAAUUACAACGCAAUCACCUAGAAGAAAUCCUGCGAGAACUACAGCAAGAACAACAACUAGUACAACAACAACUACGCCUAGACCUCAAAGACCAAAAACACCUAGUCCAUUAAUUACACGGAAUAGACCGAAACCUGUCAACGGAUUAUUCCCGUCUAGAGGUUUAGGUAAAAAAGAACUAGAACAGGAGGUAACAAGUGAAACAAGUUUGGAUGAAGAAAAAUUACAACAAGAGGUGAAAGAUGAUGAAGUUAUUGAGGAUAAUGAAGAUGGUGCUGCAACUCAAGUUGAAUCACAAUCCAACACAGUUUCAGAAACUGAGAGACCAUCACGAGGAGGCCGAACUUUUAAUAAUCAAGUACAAAUCAGGCCCUUCAAUAGUAGAAGGAGUAGGACAAGAAGGCAAAUUGAAUUUGGAAACAAAUAUGACAACAGUAGAAGUUAUAGAAGUAAACAACCGGUCAAAAAUACCAAUGCGGAUUAUUAUUAUGAUGAGUAUGUAGAACAAGAACCUCCAGCGACCACAAAGGCACCUACACCAAAAAGGCAACCAAGUAGAUCUAGACAACAACAGAGAGUUACACCAACUACUUCUUCGUCUAAUGUUGGUAGAUCACAAUUUACUCUACGAGAAAAGACUCCUACUACAACGGCACCAGCUCCAACAUUAAGGACAUCGAAUUAUAGAAGAACACGGCCACCUGUACAACAAGAAACAACUACGUCCAAAAGAAUAUCUAGGUUAAGAUAUCCAACUACAACACCAGAGCCUGUCCGUAAUAACCGUCGUUAUACACCUUCGUCUCGUAGACAAAACACAAGAACGAGAUUUAGAGAAGAUUUGAACACAUUGUCAAACACCCAAAGUAUUUAUGACGGAUCAAUUACAGUUACACAUAAAAUACCAACGGAAUUGACCAUACCUAUAGUCAUUGGAACAAAUACUGAAUACAAACAAGUAUUGACGGCUAAACCAAGUAUCGAGAUACUUGGGCCCCAUCAAUAUAGUACAGUGGCAGGUAAAAAUGGAUUGCCAACAAUUCAACUUAUCAGAGAAGUAACAGAAACGUUACCAAAUGGUGCAACAGAAAUAACUAAGUUUGUUGUUUACGAACAAGCAACAAGCAUUGUAACGUUUACUCCAACUUAUAUACGGGGAAGAAAAACAUCCUAUUCCCAUAUUAUACCCAGUACCAUAUACGAUGUCAAACCUGAAGUAAACACAAUUCAACCACAAUUAGCCAAUGCACCAUUAGCCAAUUUACUGUUAUCACAGCUGCUUUUGGGUAAUUUAGGAAUUCAACCCACUGUUAACCCACUAUUGGCUUUAAACUCAGGUAUGGCAAUACCGCAAUCACCAAUAACUGAUUAUAAGACAAAAAGUACAACUUACGUGACUACAGUUACGCAUUCCACGUCAACUGUAUUACCACUUACUUUUAGAGGAAAAGUUAUAUCUACAACAAUAAUUGACAGUUCUACAAAUGUUAUUACGGCUACCGAAUACAUAACUGAAACAAUAGUCACUACUCCAACCAUUCAACAACCUAAUAAUCAACUUAACACAUUGUUACUACCUGCAUUACUUCAAGCUCAAUUACUAGGACAAGCGACUCCUGUGAACAAUUUGCUGGGCAGUAUUGAUUCCACCCAAGAUGAACUUCUUCAAGAAUUAAUUGAACCAACCCCAAAAUAUGGAGAUGAUACUAAACCAGCAAAGAAAAAAGCUAUAAUUAAAAAACCACCAGAUCCUAUUAUACAACCGGAUGAAGCGAGUGUCGUGACAUUGUAUGUCUCGGGUAAAAGACCGGGAGAAUUUAGUACAGUGUUAUCAACUGUUAACUAUGAUGAAACAGCAACUGUUCGUAAACGAGAAGUUGAACCUUCAUCCGUAAUGGAUUUAAUGGCUACGAAAUUUGGUGACAUUUUAUUAUCGCCCACCAACGACGAUCCAAUUCAAAGAUAUAAUGAAGAAGAAACCCAGAGCUUAGAGAGUAUUAUAGGUGAUGUGAGUAAAAAUGUUAAAAUUGAAAACCGUGCUACAAAAGUAAAUGUAGUAUUCGUUGAGCCUUCUCAGCAAACCCAAGAAACUACCGGUCAUUUUUUAUGGAAAGGCUCCGCUGAUUCUCCAGUUCAGCGGGAAGUCGUAAACUCAAAAAUCUGGAGUUCAAAAAAUCGAACAAAAAGAAAUACGUCUAAUUUUCUACCCGAUAAGGACGUAUUUUUGUUCAAUUUUCCAAAAAUACCGAAAACAAAUUUAACCCAAAGCAUUUUGUACAAUGUUGGUGAUAGGGAAAACUCUUCUUUUACUUUCCCAAACAAUCUAGAUGACUAUAAAAUUGAUGCCAAAGGUAAGAUAUCAUAGUUUGUAAUUUAAUAAUGAAUUUUGAUUUAAUGCUAUAUUAUAUAAAUUUUAGCCGACGAACAAAGAGGAUUUGAUGAAAGGCGUUUUAAUUUUGCUACAAAAAAAAUGAGUAACGGUGUCGAGGUUAUAGUUGCUGGAGACAAGAGUACUUAUCCCGGCCAAGCCAGUGUUUUAAGGGUAUUGCCUACAUCACAGGCGAAACCUAUCACACUAGCUCCAAGCACAUUAACCGAUCACAUGCUCAUGAUGCUGCCCCAUCCAAUCAAACAAGUUUGUUUUUAAAAAUAUAUAAAUACUGAAACAACGUAGAUGGCUACUAAGUGAUGAUACACUUAACAUAAUUAGUGUAUAGCAUUCAAUUUUUUUUUUAUUGUUUUUGUUUCCUCUAGAGUAUGAAUAACCAAUUUGUUACCAAAACGUAUCUGACUACAUAUACAUAUUUAACAACAUUUUUGGACAGAGAAGCUACGGUAGUGUCUAGUCGAGAAAAAAUAGUAUCUAAUGUAGUUACAGAUGAACUGAAUAAGAUCACUCCUACCGCAACACUAAGUCAAGUUACCUUGACAGCCAGUCCAAGUUUAGAAACGGGCGUCUAUCACACUACGUAUACGUAUUUAAAUACUUUUGUUGACGGAGAUAUCCCUCUCGUUAUGACUAGUCGAAAAACUGUUGCUAAUACAGUUACAGCACCUCAUGAGUUUUUAACUCCAUUACAACCAUCUGAACCCGCAUAUUACAACACCAAUACAUAUUUAAAUACAGGUACGAUAAAAUAUACAUACUUAAAUUUUUUUAGUUUCAAAUAUUUAAAAAUUGUAUAUAUUUUAUGGUUUUAGUUUCAUUUACAAAAACGUUAAGCGACGGACCUGAUUUCACGGUUGUUAGUACUGAAGAUAUAUUGACUCAAGUAGUUAUAACGAAAACGGAUAAUACUCCAACCUUGGAAUCAUCUAAAUUAAAACUAGAAAGUACAACAACGGAUAUGACUAAAACGUAUUAUGUUACUUAUACAUACUAUAAUACAAUUCAAGAUGGGGAUAGUACCGUCGUGAAAUCAGAUAUUUCAGUAUCUUCAGAUAUAGUUACAGAAAAGUAUCUAGUACCCACUAAAAUAAAUGAAAUACAGCCAACACCGACUGUUGAUAAACUUCCAUUUCAUUUGUACGCAACUAAAACUUAUUUAACGACUUUUACAUAUUUUACUACAUUAUUAAAAGAUAAUGACGGUAAAAAUCCAUCAAGUACACACGUUAAAUCAAGAACUAAAAUAGUACAGAACAUUGUUACUGAAUCAUUAAACGCAUCAAUUUUUAAUUCAAAUUAUUUAUCAUCUAUUAGCUCUUCAGUACAAAAUGUAAAAUUACCUAUUACUGCAACUGCGACUUUAGACAGUGGUCAAAUAAUAGAGUUUACAGCGAUGAAUGAUUUGUUGCCAAGUGAACCAAAUGCAAUUAAUCCAUCUCAUCCUAUUCCAAUCCAAGAAACUUUAAGACCAAUAAUUAAUGAAAACAUUUCUAAACCAAACGAAAAACUUAAAGAAACUAUCAAGCCAUCAAGCGUUAGUAAAUUGUCACAAAAGACUGAAAUCCAAAAACCACCGAAAAAAAAUUCUCCACCAAAAUCCGAACAAAAAAUACCUUUGAAUACAAUAUCUGAUAAUACAAAUGUUGGAGGACUUAUUGAUUUUGGGACAAUUGGUAGUAGUUUAACUGCACUUAAACCAGUUAUUAGUGCUGUUGCUGGUAUAAUUCAAAAUAAUUUGAAAAAUGAUCAAAAGAUAAAAAAUGUUCACUUAUUACAAAAAUCAACGCCUAAACCAGUUAAACAAGAAACAACUAGCCGGGCUCCAAUAUAUAUACCCGUUGGUGGACUAGCUGAUUCGAUUGGAUCAGAAACACAUCAAUAUCCAGAUACAGAUCAAAGACACCCACAUGUUGGACCAUCAAGACCACCCGUCGAAUCAUCUUUAAUGUCAGGAGGCAUUCCUAUAAGUCCCGGUGAAGUAAUUACGACAAACAGUGACGUAAUUAUUGGAAAGCCUUCAGUUUUAGGCCCAAGACCACCAAUGGAAAAUUUGAGGAAAGACGAAAUUCCCUUUGGCAUGAGACCACCUCCACCUCCAAUACAGUUCAAAGAUAAAAUAUCUAUUCCAAAUAAUGUUGCAAGGGAACAUAUUAAAAACCCUUUGCCUCACACAGACAGAAAAAACAAUCAACCCGUACGAUAUCAUGAAAACCGAGUACAAGCUCAAUAUCAGCUCACGAAUGUUCCAGUUAAAUCGGAAGUCAAUAUAAUACCACUAAGCAAGCCAGAUCCUUGGCCAACAAAGUUUGUAACCGAUGUUCAACCAUUAGUCUUAACAAGUCCAGAUAUUCAACCUGAAGCCAGUUAUGGAAAUCAAAAUUUAAUAACAUCCAAUCAACCAUCAUUUUUGGAACAAUCUGCUAUUGAUCCAUUAUUAGUGAAUAUACAACCAUCUCAAGUAGCACAGGUUGUGAUUCCUCAUGGCAGUCAAACUGCAUUAAUUUACAGCGAUCAACCAGCAGUUGGCCAUGGACCAAAAGGUGAAAUAUUUAAUGACCCACAACCUUAUCCUGAAAAUCAUGUAAAUCCGGGUUUCGUCGGAUUAGAAAUUUAUGGCACCGUAAAUCCAACUAACAAUGUUGCAUCAAAAAUACCAACAAAUGCAAUUCAUUUCGAUGUACCAGUUUCUCCCGCAGGUAUAACCGUAGGCGAUUCAGAAUCGCAUCAUUUAGUUUUAUUUGAUAAUGAAACAGGAGAAGUUAAAACAAGACCAGUUCAUAUUUUAAAACCACAAAAACCACAAACACCUAACAAUCAAUAUUUAACACCACCAUCAAUAUCACAAGUCAACUCAUUUGUAAGAAGACCCGAUGCAGCAUUAUCAGUUGAAGAUGAUUUAUUACAGUUUGAAGAUGGUGAAGUCACUCAAGAAUCAAAAAAAACGCCAUUAAGACCAGGAGAAUUACCAUUUGGAGUUCAUAGUAGUGAAUCAGAUGAAGAUAAAACUCCAAUUAUUACCGGUAAACCUCAUGUUAAUAACUUUAAUGGCGAAGAACAAAUAUUAUCAAUUGGACAACCAAUAAGGAACACGGAACCAACCGAAUUGAAACCUGGUAACUUUAUUGUACCAAAUCAAAAACGGCCUGAUCUGCAAUAUAAUAUUCAACAUUCCCAAAAGGAACAUAUGUCCAAUAACACGAUUAAUCAAAACAAACUUGUAAUUAAUGUUCCAUCAAUGGAUGACAUUAAACAAGCUAUGAAUAUGGAUGAAAAAUUACCGCCGUUACCAACAAACAAACAUGAAAUUAACGAUUUGGAUAGUCAAGGAAGCACACCCCAACCAUCUGUUGUAAAACCUAAUCUUAAUAACGAAGUUUUAGGAUUGUCACCUCCUCCAAUGAUUACACAUUCAUUAAAAUACGAUAACGUAACACAAAGGCCUCAAGGAUCAAGGAGGCCUUAUCGUCCUAAACCUAAACCUUCAACUACACCUCCGUAUCAAUUUGAACGACCUCCUAAUAGAAGACCACCAUUAAAACCCCCAAAUAAUCAAGAAGAAAUGGUUUUAAGACCAUUGUCCACAACUGCAAAAAUAGAACCUAUACAAAAAUGGGAAGCAUCAUUGAACGCUAGGCCUGAAUAUCGACCACCACAUAAAGAAGAAAAACCAGUCAUUAUGAAUGCAGAGAGUAAAGUUGUUAGUCAAGGUUCAAAUAUAAAACUUAAUGUACAAGAAAAAACUAAAGAGAAAACAGUUAUUUCUAGUGAUCCUGUAAUAAAUGUGAUACCCACACUUGUCACACAAGACACAACUAAAUGGUAUGAAUAUAGUCCUAUUUCGAGCACUGAAGGUAAAAUAGAAACAGUGCAAUCUACAACGGAAACCCCAGCAUUAACUUCGACCACUAUUGGUAUUAUAAAGUCAUACACAACACCGAGUAAACCCACAAGCAAAACUACGGACUACCAUAGUGUUAUAAGCGUUGUUAUCAAAAAUGAAGAAAAGUCUGAAGAAAAAUCUAGUGAAAGUGCGAUAGAAAAUCCCACAACACCUAAGCAAAAAUCACAAAUGAGACCUCAAGUUACAAUUUUACAACUUCCGGAAAGACCGUCGUUCAUGGACGAGUUCCACAAGCAGUUACAUCAAGGUUCUUCGCUUCCAACGAGAUUUGUCACUCAUACACAGACAUUAUCUGUAACUGUAACAGAAACGACAGUUUUACAAAGUGAUGGCAAUGAACCUUCUACGCAUACACUGGUCCUUACUAAAACCCAAACAUCAACCUUAGUAGAUACAGUGACCGAAUUUCAUACACUUGUUAAACCCACGCAGGUACUAUCUACAAUAACGACCACAAUUCCAGUACCAGUACAUUCUGAUCCAGUGCUUUUAGCACCUGUCGUAGAAGGGACAAAGACCAAAACAGUAAAUGUUCUCCCAGAUGAAAAUGAAACAUUGUUAGUAGUUAUGACUGAUAAGAAAGGGGGUAGUCAUGGUAUACCGCCAGAAAUCCAAGUUCCCGAUGAAACAAAUGAAAUAGGACCGAGUGAUGUUUUGUUGAGUGGGAUUUUAACUCAUUCAUCGGAUACCGAAUGUCGACCUGAAUGCAAAGCUUCUAAAAACGAAAUAUGUCAAAGAAUAGAGAACACCAUGAGAUGUGUCUGUAGACCGGGUUUUGCGAGAAUGUUUAUGGAUAGACCUUGUAAACGUGAGUAAUAAUUGCAUAUACGACAUUAAAAUAAUGGGUAUUAUUUACUAUAUUCAUUUAUCACAAUCAUAAAAUACUUAUAUGAUUUAUUUUUCAGCUACUUAUACUUAUACUAUGAAGUUGGUAUUAGAUAGGUUCCGUAAAGAACCCAUUAAAUAUUCAACAGAGUUAGAAAAUCCUAGUUCAAAUCAAUAUCAAAAAUUGACCGAAGCCACUAGAGAAGGAUUAAAUCGUAUGUCAAUGCAGUCAGACCUAAGGGAUAUUUAUCAUGGUGUGAUAGUGGGAGGUUAUGAACCAGCUGAAAAAAGUGAAAAAGCUGUUGUUUCGUAUAUUAUACAAGUAAUAUAGUAAUAAAAAUGACAUUAUUGAUUUUUUUUUUAACAAAAUUGUUUACAUUUAAAAUGAAAGUUAUCUGAAAAUGCGGAAGACAGUAAACUGUGGGAAGCGAUAAAGAAAUCACUCAGGGUCACGAAUUACAGUUUAGGGGGAACUGAAGUAUUUGCUGCUCGUGACCAGUUACAACUAUUCUCGGCAGAGGGUACAUUAUAAUCUAUACGAUUUAUUACUUAUUAAAUAUUAAAACUCACAAUAUUUGAUUUUUAGAUUUCGACGAAUGUAGUGAUUCAAAGUUUCACGACUGUUCAGAUAAUGCCAAAUGUUUUAACUUACAUGGAACUUAUACGUGCAGCUGCAAGGAUGGAUUUACUGACCUUUCACAUAACACACAAUUCCCAGGAAGAGUUUGUUCAUGUCAGUAAUAUUAAAACAUAGUUUGGAAAAAGAAAACAAAUGGAUAUAAUAAUGAUUUCAAUUUGUUUUAUAGCCGAACUUAUUGGUUGUGAUUUAUGCAAUUAUCACGGCACGUGCUAUUUAAGCAAUCAAGACCAAACGAUUUGUGAAUGUUUCCAGUGGUAUGCUGGAAAACAUUGUCAGUUCAAUUUAAGGGGUGAGUUAAUUUAUCAAUUAUAUAUGUGAUGCAUUUUAUACAAUACUUAACUAUAGAAAAACCUGUUGAUUUUGUAAUAUUUUAUUAUCAGUUUUGUUGUUGGGUCUGAUUGCCAUCGGCGUAAUGCUGUUGUCACUACUUAUUGCAUGUCUGUUGAUGACUUGUUGUAAAAAACGAUCCAGGGAGUCUGUGAUGGGUUUAUAUCAACCUCAGCGUCCAGUUAUCGGCUUUAGACGGUAUAGAAACAUGAUAGCGACAACAAGAGGGGACAAAAGAGCGAUGAUUAGUGUCGAUACGGGUAGUGAAACAAGCGUUGAUCACACGCCACCUCCAUAUGUCAAACAAGUAAGUACCAUUCGAACGAAAUAAGGGAAUAUUCUUUUAACAUCGUAGUAUUAUAAAUUUAUCAAUUAUCAAUAGGUUAUCAACAUGCAGAGACAAACUCACGCCCACGUCCAUUCUCAGAUGAAGACUCCGUCACCAUCCCUUCACGAAGGCAGCACCAUGCGCAGUGGAUUGGAACAACGUGACAGAAGUCUAACGGUGAUGAUACCUAGGGCUAAAUAUCGACCUACGCCACAACAAGCACCAUCUAUAUUGACCAUGUCAACUUUUGGACCAGAACAAAAAGUGCUGUCGUAUAAUAAUAUGGAAUCCAGACAAACGCCAACAAAGGUACGUACCCGUAACUAUUCAAUAUCACUUAUUAUAUAAAAGCUUUUUUUUUUUGCUCUAAUCUAAAAAGAUAUGGGGACGGCGGAACUAUGAUAUUAAUCUUUAUUAAAUGAAUAUAAACGUAAUUAUAUAAAUUAAUAAUUCCUCAUUGGUUAUUCCGAAAAAAAUGUUGUGUUAUUUAUUGAUAAAAUGUAGGUAAAUUAUUAUCUAAAAUAAUAAAAUACGAAUAUUUGUCUGGAGUCGUCAGUAUUUUUAUUUUUGUUUUAUUAGUUUGCAAGAUAAGUAUGGUACAAUACUAAAAAUAACCGUAUUAAAUAUUACACAAUUUUUAUUGCGCAGGGUUCGCGGUGUAGCAGUAGAAAGCCCAGUGAUUCUACACAAAGGUCCGUGGAAAUCCAACCACCCCAACGUAAAAAGCACGCUGCUCCCAGAAAACCGUCUACCGGUAAAUAAUUUAAUUAAUGUUUAAACACGGUUGUUAUUUGUUUUGAUAUUUAAUUUGCGGGUCUUAUAGGUGCACUGGUAUCGGCUGGAUUUGAGGUUUCAGCAACUGUCGUCAAAACCAAAGAGUUAGAAGAAGCGUACGUAAGCCGAGACGACGACAAGCCCGAUUUUAAUACUGGCAGAACGACCGCUGCUAGGUACUUAAAAUUAAUAUUAAAAAUAUUAAAAUCGUCAAUAUUAAUUGUACAAUUAGAUCUCUUAAUAUUUAAUAAUUAAACCACGCUAUUUAGAACCGUAUCUGUGGCGAGAUCAUUCGACGAGACGACCGUGCAACCACCUACCAGAUGCUAUCCCGACAGUCAUUAUGAAUCGAAAUCGCAGUAUUCGCAUAAGACAAAUGACGUGAGCAAAAUUAUAAUUUAUGAGUUAUUAUUAAUAAAUAUAUUUGUUUUUGUUGUUAAAAACGUUGUUUAAGAAUUCAAUAUUAUCCGUUUAAAAUACGAACCGGUCGAUAUUUCAACGUUUUCCCAUUUUAGUUGAAAAUUAACAACCCAAGUCCAUUGUUCACAUUAGUGUCGGAACUGCAAACGCGUCAGACGUAUUAUAUUUUCUAAAUAACGCUGAAAUAUAUCAGUAACCGCCAAAUAGAAAUUGUUGUGCAUUAUUCAGUACCGGUGUAUUUGUGCACGGUACCAGUCCCCUGUAAUAAAUUGAUUUUAUACAAAUACUCGGUGUGCCGUGCGGCGUUGCCCGGGCCAAUUUUUUUGUUAUUUCUUUCGCAUCACCAAGGUAACCGACGAAUAAAAACAAAAAUAAAUAAAUAAAAAAACUAUAUGUCCGUGACGAAAACGCAUAUAAACCGCUAUUUUACCCUCUUAAGGAUUAAAUUUUCGAAAAUCCUUUCUUAACGGGUGCCUACGUCUUAAUAGCAAUUGUGUACCAGAUUUCAACCAGACCCGUCCAGUGGUUAUUGUGGGCCGUGUGAUAAUGAAUCAGCCAGAACGUGUUAUUAUUAUUAUUUUUUCUUUAAUACGUAUACUAACUAGAUAUAUUUAUUGAUUUUUAUAAAAACGUGUUACGCCGUCGCAUUAGUUACAAACUGUAAAUUUUUUUUUUUUUUUUCAUUUUUAGGAGGGUCAUACGAUGGUUGAGAGGGACUUGGGAUCCACGUAUCUGAUGCCUCAGUCGAAACUUUACAAGCCAGACAACAGAGUAAUAUCCGUGAAAUAAAUCUUUUACAAUAUAAAAUUAUAAUAAUAUACGAUUUUUUUUUAUCGUUGAACACUCGUUAUUUCGAAAAGCGUUGCGUUUUUGGUGCAAAAAAUAAUUGCAACACAAAGAACAUUGUGGAAAUGUAAUAAUUUUAGAGUUGUUCGUUUCUUGAAUUGUCGAGAAACUAUUUUUUGUUUUUUUUUUUUUUUAUUUCUUCCCGAGUGUUCAACGAUAAAAAUGUAAUCGAAACGUACGCGGGCAUACGAUAGUGUAAUGUUAUGUUAUAGUGUUGUACAACACACAAUAACACGGCAAUGUUAACUAGCUAUACCCAGGUGAUAUCGCGCGGUCGAAAAUUCGAAAAUUCGAAAACUAACGAAAUCCAAACGUGACGUUUUUACAGGGCAGCGACACGUCGAAUUUCGAUUCUCUGUGACGGAACCGAUCCGUAAUUACCCGUUAAAAUGCCAUAUACGAUGUAAUGUUGUCGACGCGAGCCAGUGUCCCGCGGACCCGUUUCGAUCCCGUCCACUAGCCGACGCGUUGAACGCUACGGACUCUACCGGAACGCAGUAACAAUAACGAUAUUAACUAUUGUUACCGUCGUUUCAGUCGCAAUGUUAGAUAAUUAAAUGUUCAGAUUGUGUUAUAAUCGUCUAUAAUGUUAUACCUAUAGUAAUGUGUUGUACAGCUUCCGAAACUCUGUACUACUUAAUUUAUUGCUGUAUAAUGAUGUUAUAAUAUUAUUAAUGUUGUAAUGUCUUAUAAAAAAAAAAAAAAAGAAAGAAAAAAACUUUUAAAAAAAAUUAUACAUAUUUAUAUAUUAUAGAAAAACAAAAAAAAAAAAAAAAUAAUAAUAAUAAUAAUAUUUGAUUAAUAUUAGACUUAUAUAUUAUAUACGUGUGUCACUCUUAUUACAUUGUAUACCCAAUAUUAACGAUACACAAAUGCCAUAUAAAUAGGGAAAUUUUUACUUUGUUAUUAGCGUCAUAUAAUUAUUAUUGUACAUUAUUAUUAGUUUUUUUUUUUUUCGUACGUUUAGCAGGUCUAUCACUGUCGAUGCCGCCGCCCAUUAUAAUAUACGUAAUAUUGUAUUAUUGUUAUGAGAUAUUCUCUUUUCUUGUGAUUCGAUCCGUCCGCGAUCAAUCAUAAUGAAACGACAAUAACUCUUUAUUAUUAUUAUUAUUAUUAUUAUUAUUAAAUAAGUGCAACGCAACGGUUGAUAAUGGCGUGUCCGGUCGAUUCUACGACGUCGUUUUUUACACUGCAGUUAAAAUUAGUUGUUAAGGAUACCAUAUUAUGCCUUAUUUGUGCCAAAAAAAAAAAAAAAAUAUUGUCAUCUUUCGAAAUUAUACAUUAACAGAUAAAU